GCUAGUUUGUAAACAUAUGUAAGUCAUUCACACGAUCACUUGGCGAAUUUAAGUGAAACGUUUCCUUACACAUUGAAAAGUUUAAAUCGAAAAGUGAUAAAGCGGACAAAUAUUCCCCCGAUGCUAGAUUCUGCGACUAAGUGCGAUUUUCAACCGUUUUCCGUAAAAUCUGAAAUAGGCACGAACAGAGGGACACAGGAAAAAAGUGAAAUGAAGUCUACCCAGUUAAAUGUCAGCCAUCUCCUGAGUGCCGUGGACAGUGAGAUGACAGUGGGCAGUGAAAAGGGGGACCCAACGGAACGACAACUCAAAGUCAAUCUCGAGGAUAAGGAGUUAUGGGGGAAAUUCAAAGAAUUCACGAACGAGAUGAUAGUCACAAAGAAUGGGAGGAGAAUGUUUCCGGUCUUCAAGGUCAGCAUCAGUGGCCUUGACCCCAAUUCUAUGUACACCUUACUGCUGGACUUUGUCCAGGUGGACACGCAUCGCUGGAAGUACGUUAACGGAGACUGGGUCGCAGGGGGUAAGGCCGAGCCCGCUGCACCCAACUGUGUGUAUAUCCACCCUGACUCCCCGAACUUUGGAGCCCACUGGAUGAAAGAAACCGUUUCCUUCAGCAAGGUCAAAUUAACCAACAAACUCAACGGCGGAGGGCAGAUAAUGCUCAACUCUCUGCAUAAAUACGAACCACGCCUGCACUUGGUAAAAGUAGGAGCGAACUCCCAGAAAAAGCGCAUCAGCAGCUUCAGUUUUCCGGAGACUCAGUUUAUAGCAGUCACCGCCUAUCAGAAUGAGGAGAUUACCGCCCUGAAAAUCAAGCACAACCCUUUUGCCAAAGCCUUCUUAGAUGCCAAGGAAAGGCCUGACGGCCGGGACUUAGGAGAUGAUGGACUAGACAACCAACAGAGGUCGCUCUCACAUUUAGCAAGCACGUGGUACAUCCCGCCUGGGGGUCACGCUUUGGUUCCUCCUCCCGCCCACCAGUUCCCUAACGCCCUGAACCUCUCGUCCCCCCACUGUGACAGACUGAGCCUCCGGAAUGCCCGGGCCACGCCUUACUCCCACCCUUACCAGCGGCGCUCACCUCCCCACGCUGGUUUUUCCAGAGACGUCACAUCGAACAUUCCCAUGCUGAACAUCCCUGAUAACUGGAUGACCCCGACCAAUCCCGGCAUGCUCCAGUCGAACACUCCCGCCCCGCAGUCUCAAUACAGCAUGUGGAUGGGAAACCACAUGGGAAACAUCCCAACCAAUCAGAACUGUGCAAUGCCAUACCUGCGUUCUCCUAACCCCUACCCGUUUACCUCAUCGAACACAUCGAUCUCAAGUGUGCCCAAUGUGACUGUUUCAAACCCGGCAGCCUCGUCCUCGUUCGAUACCUCCAAAUUCGAAUCAUGUGACAUUUCAUCCUUCGCACCAAACCGGGAUGUUCUUCGAACAUCCGCCUGGAGCCCGCUUACACCCCCGCCAAUAUGAUCAUGUAUCUUGCCGCCAGAUGUCACUGUGAUACUCCCAUUGUAUGAUAAAGUGUGCUACUGUACAAUCAAAACUCCAUUUUUCUUCAUCAUUGCGACUCCGUUAUCAUGGAUGUCAUAUCGAACGAAUACCUUCACACGUGCAUGCAAAGUAUAAGCAGAAUGCAAGGUGAAGAAUGUUGGUCGCGGAGGUCGAAAGCGACUCAAAGCGCCGCAAUCAGGAGGUGUGAAAGAGGCCGAUAGCCAUUGUUCUUUUUUGGUAAUAAAUUUGUUUUAUUUGUUUAUACUUCUAAAAUAAAUUAUUUUUGUCAAUA